AGUGAAUGUAGAUCAAAGUAGUGCUGAAAAAUUGAACAUUACUACCUCACAAUGUCCUGUCCUGCUGCAAAAGAGUCUUCUAGAAAUGUUUCCGCAUAGUGCGAUAAACAAGUGCACUGCCUUUACAGUAGCUACUUUGCAUAAAAAUAUACCACAUGAUGAUAUAUGCGAAUUAGAUUCGGAAAAGAUAGCAAUGAUGUUUGUAUAUGCAGCACAAGAACUAUGCACGAGACUAAUUUUAUCAGGAUAUUGGGCUGAUUUUAUAAAUCCUUUCAGUGGAAGGUCAUUCAAUGGCCCGGUAUCUAAUAAUAAUAAGGUUUAUGAUCCAGAAGAACAAUUUCUUUGUCUUGGUUUCAGUAUAGAUAGUAAAGAUAAACUCUGUACUAUCAUCAAAGGAGAACAUGAGGGUCAAAAGUUCUUUAAAGGCAAUAUAUUCUCGGAUGCCCCUUCACAUCUUGAAAACAUUUUGGACAUAGUAAAAAGUUAUGAACUAGAAAAUUUCAAAUGA